AUGAAAUCACACGCGCAAUCAACAUUCCUCCUUCUAGCAACCAUCACAUCCCUCACAACAGCCGCACCACGCACCGACCCUCAACAAAAACAAUGCGAUGGCCGUCGAAUUUCCCCUUUAAGAAACAGUCAGCAUCGAACAACCGGUCCCCUACGAGCAAACUCCACAGGUCUCGACAGCAGAAUCUCCUUUGGCAAAUCUUCCGAAGUGCAAUAUAGUUCCAACUGGGCCGGAGCCGUGCAAAUCAGCGAGGAAAUCACAGAAGUCAGCGGCCAAGUCACAUUUCCACGAGUCGCAGCCCCAAAAGGUGCUUCCCCAGACCAGGGGUACGGCGGGUCAGUCUGGGUGGGUAUCGAUGGUGAUACAUGUUCGCAAUCAAUUUUACAGACGGGAGUCGAUUGGGUUGUUCAAGGAAAUACAGCGACUUAUGCGGCUUGGUAUGAAUGGCUGCCAGAAGCUUCGUAUGAUUUUGAUAUUGUGGUCAAUCCGGGAGAUCAGAUUGAGAUGAAAGUCGUGGCGGAUAGCGCGACGGGUGGUACAGCAACCAUCUCAAAUUUCUCAACAAAUGAAACGGUAUCGCACACCUUUUCGGGUAAAAGCGCUCUUUGCAAACAAAACGCGGAGUGGAUCGUCGAGGACUUUUCCAUCUCGGACGGGCAGGGUAAUAUGGGACUUGUACCGUUUGCCGCUUUCGACACCAUCGUCGUCACAAAUGCUACUUAUAAGGCCAAUGGCGAGACCGCUGGUGUAAGUGGCUCGACUAUCAUGGACAUCUCGCAGGGUGGGCAACCCCUUACAAACUGUGCAACCAGUGGGGAUAACAACGUUGUCUGCAAGUAUAAGGGAGCGGGCUCGGAGACGAGGUUCAUGUGA